AUGGGGGGCCAUGAUGCUGGGAGCCAACACCAGUUCACAGGGAUUGCCAAAUAUUUUAAUUCAUACACCAUUACAGGAAGAAGGAAUUGUGUUCUGGCCACUUACGCUGGCAUUGCUGGCAUUUUUCUGGACUUCAAACUGAAACCUAAGAAAAAGAAGGCAGUUGCUGAAAAGUGA